CGUUUUUCUUAAGCGCCUUUCCCGGAAGAGACGUGGCAGCUGAAAUCUUAAUCUACUGACGGAGUGAAAAAAAAUAAUGAAUAAGUGGCGAAGCUUUUGUUUAUAUUGAUAAUCAGCGAGUUUACGUGUAAUUACAGGUGACAAACACAAUGGGCCUGUGUAAAUGUCCUAAGAGGAAGGUUACUAAUUUAUUUUGUUUUGAACAUCGAGUUAAUGUCUGUGAACACUGUCUUGUGGCAAAUCAUUCCAAGUGCAUUGUUCAGUCAUACCUGCAGUGGCUCCAAGACAGCGACUACAAUCCUAACUGUCGAGUAUGCAACACACUUCUCUCCUCCAGAGAAACGGUUCGGCUUGCUUGCUAUGAUUUGUUUCACUGGUCUUGUCUAUGUGAAAUGGCAAGUCAGUUACCCAACAACACAGCACCUGCAGGCUAUCAGUGUCCAAGCUGCAAAGGACCCGUCUUCCCUCCCUCUAACUUAGUCAGCCCUGUAGCAUCAGCCCUCCGUGAGAAGCUGUCGACUGUGAACUGGGCCCGUGCCGGUCUUGGACUACCACUGAUUGAGGAAGCAGAAUUCAUUCAGGAAGAAGUGGAAUCACAAGAUGUUACAGACUACAACGAUUGGUCAAGUUUUGACACAACACCAAUACAUAGCUCAGAUGACCAUGUUCAAAAGAGCGCACACCCAGCAACCUUCGCUUACAGUUCUAAUACAAGCCACCCUUCCCAUCAGCAAUAUACAAAAGGAUUGAACAAUGGUGGCAUACAAGAAGGACAGACUUUGAUCAACAUGGGAGCUCUUGCUAGUGACAGCGUGACAAUCAAUGCAACAUCUACUCCUCGUAAAAUUUAUGACACAACAGACGGUGCAAGACCCACAGUGACACAGAUUGAUUUUGAUGAAGAUAAAUAUCGACGGAGGCCAGCACUGAGCUGGUUUGCCCGUCUGCUAAAGAAUCGAGCUGGAUCAAAGGGUCAACCUUUGUCAUUGUUGCAGCGUUUUCUCAUGAUAUUAGUGAUUGGAGUCAUUGGUUUUCUUACACUCAUAAUCAUCAUGUCCAAGCUUGGGCGGGCAUCUGCUGACAAUGACCCAAAUCUGGAUCCUAUGUUGAAUCCUAACAUCCGAGUGGGACAAGACUAAAUCCAAAGUGGACCUGUUCUAGCUCACAGCAACUAAAAACAACAAUGGAUGAGGACACUAAAUAUACUGAAAACCACCAGUGCUGAGUACAGGUUUAGAAUGGUAUUUAGCUGAAAUUGAACUCUCAUCCAUGGCUAUUUUUUAACUGAUCAGGCAAUUCUUCUGUACCUGAUCUUAUCUCAAACAUAUGCCUACGGCUGCCUUUUUUAAAACAGUGGUGGAUAAGUCAGACUUCUAGAAUGCACCUGCAGUGAACCUGUAUUCACACCUGUUUCAGGAUCAGACAAAAAUCAGCUGUUUCUUAAAGGCAGAGCUUGUUUUCUGGAAGGUUGGGAUAAACACUCGUUUGUAUUUUGUAAAUUUUUAAUGAUUAAGGCAGAUAUGUAAUAUAUUAUAUAGAGUUUAUCUCUCUCUUGAACUUUCCACUUUUAUUUUAUUUUUUUUUUUUUUUGCUUCAUGGUUGUAGAACGGUUUGCCAUUCUGUUGGCAACAUUCAGAAAUAUGCAUAAGGCUUGGGAGAAAGUGGAAAUCAGGAAGUAAUGUAGUGUUUUUCCCCUUGAAAUUUUGACUACAGAUUGAUCUUGUAUUUAAGUAACCACAGUUCAAAAGAGCAUCCCAGCAAGCUUCAUGUUUCACAGACUUUUUGCACACAACUUGGGUUUCGUAAUAUGUAGUUGCACAAAAGGCUGGAGCAGGAAGUAAGCAGGAAAGGUUUUGCUUGUGCUGAAUUGUACCAGGAGCACACCCUGUCAUGCACUACAUAGCCCUGCAGGAACUCCUGUUUCUGUGAAUAGGAGGAGGGUACAUUCUACCCUGGAUGGAUCCUGCUGGGUGGGACAGGAGUAAGCUUCUGGUGUUAGAGGCUAUUCCAUGUCCACGGUAAGAGUGUUGUAUACGGAAAAGCAUUAUUCUUGAAAAAAAGAAGUGAAGCUAAGAAAAUGUAAGUUGUGAUUUACUCCAAGUAAUUAAGGGACCAAGCUAGCACUCAGUUUGUCAGUCAAAGCAAAAGUUAUGUGACAUAAAAUAUGUAAUGGAUGACAUUUAGUCUGUGCUCUUCACAGCAUUUCAGCUGUUCUUGAUAGAGGAUGUUUAACACACUUCAGUGUGUCACUAAUGUAUGUUUUUUUUGUAUGCCACAGUACAAGUUGAAUGUAAAUAAUUGGCAGCAGUUGCAACAUUCAGACAUUUGCAGCAUAUAAGAGAGGGAGAUUUCUGAUAGAGUUCAAUGAAUUUCUAGCAUUGAAUAUUUCAGUGAUGUGAAAAGGCCUUGUAGUAUCAUCUGAGAGUGUCAGUGUGCACAUAUAUUUUUCAGAACUGCUUCAAUAAAUAAAUGCAGUGACUGGAACAACAGAAGCAAGGACACUUUAUGUAAGCCAUGUUUGUCACUGUCCUUUAACUGUUUAUUCUGCCCUAUGUAUGAUUGUAUAGAAGCACAGUAAACAAAAGAACUGAGGUUACUUUUCAGCAUUGAUGAUGUUGUAGUUGUUGUAGAAAGCUUACACUGUCCAUUUGGUUGUCAUUAUAUCUCUCUAAGACAGAUAAAUACCAUCUGUUUUGCACAGUCUUAACCUUUGGAAUUUUAAACCAGUUCAUCUGUUUAGAGGGAUAAAGGCCAAACUGUAACACAGGUUAAUCAUAUUCAGUUAACGGCUUUGGACUGGAAGGAGCUGGCCAGAGUGAAGAGGUGGGAGUCUCCUCUCCUGUUUCAGGGGAGGGUGUGGGAAUGUGCUGGAGUUUGUCUAAAGUCAUAAUUCCCAGUGGAAACCAGUAACUGUUGACAUGCAACUGUAGAGAUAAGUUGAUGUUGAGAAGGGGCUAACGGGAUACACGUCAUAAGUAAGUGGAUUUCUUGGUCUUGCGUAAUCCCUGUUGGACACCAACAUUAGCUGUUGUAUUUGUAUAGGGAAGAUUGGGCUUCACUUCCCUUUCCCUCCACUAACCACAGUAUGAUGACUGUUUGUGUCAUUCCUGGUCACAGAACGUUCUAAUCCUUGCUGGCCAAGAGGUUAGCCCUGUUUGGAAAUCUGGGCCCACCCAGUACAGGGAAUGCACCUGAAGUUUACAACCAGUAUGCAGUGGUUACUGGGAAAGAGGAUCAAUAAAACAAGCAAGCAACUGAUUUUAGUGGUAUUUGACCAUACAGGAGUUCACCUGUCUCUCCUAUGCUAAAAAAUGUAAAUUGUAUUAUUAUUUCUACAUUAGUUGUAUUUAAACUGUGUCCUUGUUUCCAAAAUAAAAUACUGAACUAGA